UGUGGAGCUUCAUCCAUCAUCCUUGAUCAUCACCCUUGAUCAUCGCUGCUCAGCCCAGGGUGGGAUGCGCUGGAGCGCUCCUGUGCAUCUUUGCCAUCCUUCUCAUGUCCGUGCGCUUCCGUUCGGACCCCAGACCCCAGGCGUGACUCCACCUGGAAACUUGUCCAUCUGCGUCUUCUUCUUCUCCUUCUGCUUGAACCUGUCAUCAUCUGGAUGAACUUGUGUCCCAAGAACAUCGUGAAGACGGUGGAUCCAUGAGCCUGAGGAGGAUCCCCACACUUGCAUAGACAAGGUCUCGCAGAUGUUGGCAAAAAUGGUCACCCCCGCACAUCGCUUUGGCUUCACCCUGGUGGUCCUUGCGUGGUGUCUUCAGAAGACCACCUUGUCCCUCAACCUGGAGGAUCCAAAUGUGUGCAGCCACUGGGAGAGCUACUCAGUGAUCGUGCAGGAGUCCUACGCCCACCCCUAUGACCAGAUUUAUUACACCAGCUGCACCGAUAUCCUCAAUUGGUUCAAGUGCACGCGACACAGGGUAAGCUAUAGGAUAGCGUACCGGCGAGGAGAGAAAACCAUGUACCGCCGCAAGUCCCAGUGCUGCCCCGGCUUCUUUGAGAGCAGAGAGAUGUGUGUCCCCCAAUGCGCCGAGAAAUGUGUCCAUGGUCGCUGCAUGGCCCCCAACACCUGUCAGUGUGAGCCAGGCUGGGGGGGGCCAGAUUGCUCCAGCGCCUGCGAUAGCAACCACUGGGGGCCCCACUGUAGCAACCGCUGCCAGUGUAAGAACGGGGCACUGUGCAACCCCAUCACGGGCGCCUGUCUGUGCACCCCGGGCCACAGAGGGUGGCGCUGUGAAGAGCGCUGUGAAGCAGGCAUGUACGGUGCCGGGUGCCAGCAGCGAUGCCAGUGCCAGAAUGGGGCAUACUGCGACCACAUCACCGGGGAGUGCCGCUGCUCGCCAGGAUACACGGGAGCCUUCUGCGAGGACCUGUGUCCGCCAGGGAAACACGGACAGCAGUGCGAGGAGCGUUGUCCUUGCCAGAAUGGGGGUAUUUGUCAUCAUGUGACAGGCGAGUGCUCCUGUCCUCCUGGAUGGAUGGGCACCGUGUGCGGGCAGCCCUGUCCGGAGGGCCGCUUCGGGUCGAACUGCUCCCAGGAGUGCCAGUGUCACAACGGAGGGACCUGCGUGUCGUCAACGGGACAGUGCCUCUGUAGCCCCGGGUACACAGGAGAGAGGUGCCAGGACGAGUGCCCUGUCGGGAAGUUCGGUGUGGACUGCUCCCAAACAUGCCGCUGUGAAAAUGGUGCCGAAUGCUACCAUGUUAGUGGGGCGUGUCUCUGUGAGCCGGGCUACACCGGGGAGCACUGCGAGGUCCGACUCUGCCCCGAGGGGGUCUACGGUUUCAGGUGCGACAAAGGGUGUCCCUGCCAGGCCGACAACACGUACAGCUGUCACCCAAUGUCGGGGGAGUGCACCUGCCACCCGGGCUGGUCAGGACUCUACUGCAAUGAGACGUGUGCCCCGGGCUUCUUUGGCGAGGCCUGCAGGCAGGUGUGCCGGUGCCAGAAUGGUGCAGACUGCCACAGUGUGACCGGGAUGUGCAUCUGUGCCCCCGGAUUCAAGGGGCCAAACUGCUCCACGCUGUGUCCCCCAGGGACCCAUGGGGUCAACUGCUCCUCCCUGUGCGGCUGUAAGAAUGACGCCACAUGCUCUCCUGUGGAUGGGUCGUGCUCCUGCAAAGCAGGUUGGCACGGCGUGGACUGCUCCAUCAACUGUCCAAGUGGAACCUGGGGUCUGGGCUGCAACCGCACCUGCCACUGCGCCAAUGGAGGAGCCUGCGACGCGCUCAACGGGGAGUGCACGUGCGCCCCUGGCUGGAGGGGUGAGAAGUGCAACUUUCAUUGCCAGGACGGCACCUAUGGGAUGGACUGUAAGGAGAACUGCGACUGCAGCCGCGCCAACGGCUGCCACCCUGCCACGGGGUACUGCCGCUGCUUGGCCGGCUGGACAGGGAUUCACUGUGACAGCGUGUGCCCCGAGGGCCGCUGGGGGCCCAACUGCUCGCUCUCCUGCAACUGCAAGAACGGAGCAUCCUGCUCCCCCGACGAGGGCACAUGCGAGUGCGCUCCCGGAUAUCGCGGCACCACCUGCCAGCGCAUCUGCUCCCCUGGGUUCUUUGGCCACCGCUGCAGUCAGGCGUGUCCCCAGUGCGUGCACAGCAACGGGCCGUGCCACCACGUCACGGGCCAGUGUGACUGCCUGCCGGGCUUCAAGGGGGCCCUCUGCAACGAAGUGUGUCCCAGUGGCCGAUUCGGGAAGAACUGCGCUGGGGUGUGCACCUGCACCAACAACGGCACCUGUAAUCCCAUCGACGGCUCCUGCCAGUGCUACCCAGGGUGGAUUGGCAGUGACUGCUCCCAGCCCUGUCCGCCAGGCCAGUGGGGACCAAACUGCAUCCAUACCUGUAACUGCCACAAUGGGGCUUUCUGCAGCGCCUACGAUGGGGAGUGCAAGUGUACCGCCGGCUGGACGGGCCUCUACUGCACACAGCGCUGCCCGCUGGGUUACUACGGGAAGGACUGUGCUCAGACCUGCCAGUGUCAGAAUGGCGCUGAUUGUGACCACAUCUCUGGCCAGUGCACCUGCCGCACCGGAUUCAUGGGUCGGCACUGUGAACAAAAAUGCCCCCCUGGCUCCUACGGCUAUGGCUGCCGCCAGGUAUGCGACUGCCUGAAUAACUCCACCUGUGACCACAUGACGGGCACCUGCUACUGCAACCCAGGCUGGAAGGGGGCCAGGUGUGACCAAGCUGCCGUGAUCAUCGUGGGGAACCUCAAUAGCCUGACCAGUGCUGCCGUCCCGGCCGACUCCUACCAGAUCGGUGCCAUCGCGGGCAUCAUCGUCCUGGUGCUGCUGGUCCUCUUCCUCCUGAUCCUCUUCGUCAUCUACAGGAAGAAGCAGAAGGGCAAGGAGCCGGCCAUGCCGGCCGUCACGUACACCCCGGCAAUGCGUGUGGUGAACACAGACUACGCCAUGGCAGAAGCACUUCCUCAGACUGGCGAAGCCCAUCCGAACAGUAACUACUUCUCGAACCCAAGCUACCAUACGCUGACUCAGUGUACGAGUCCACCGCAUGUCAACAACAUCCCCUAUGGGAAGCAGGCAAAAAACAACCAGCUCUUUGUAAACCUGAAGAAUGUGGACCAUAGGAAACGGCUGCCAUUGAUGGACCACACGGGUACUCUACCUGCAGGCUGGAAACAGGGCGGUGGUUUCAACGAACUGGGAGCGUAUGGAGUUGACAGACGUUACAUGGGAAAGUCUCUUAGAGACCUGGUGAAGGGGACCCCCUACCACGCCAGCUCCUGCUCCCUGAACAGUUCGGAGAACCCGUACGCCACCAUUAAGGACCCGCCCCUUCUGGUGCCCAAAAACUCCGAAUGUGGUUAUGUGGAGAUGAAGUCGCCUGCUCGACGAGAUUCACCCUACGCGGAGAUCCACGGCUCAAGUCCCACCAGCAAGAACGUGUAUGAAGUUGAACCCACAGUGAACGUGGUCCAUUCCUCCAGCCACAGCAACAACAGUGGUCCCUUUGGCCAAGACCCAUAUGAUCUACCAAAGAACAGCCACAUCCCCUGUCAUUACGACCUUCUGCCCACACGGGACAGUCCCCCCUCCCCCCACAAGGAGCUGGGUAGCGAAUGAGCUCUCAGAGACACAAAGAGACCACGCCCCCACCGUGGCUCAGCCAAUCAAUGGCCUUCGUGUGCUGCCUUUUUUUUCCCCCACUGUGCUCACUUGCUGCAUAUCCCAUCACUAUUUUAUUACUUGUUUAAUUUGCUUUUAUUUGUUUUUUUAAUCACUAUUAUCAUUCUUAAUCUUGCUUGUCGCAGACACUUUCACAUAAGUCUCCUAGUUUCUAGCUACUGUCAUCUUCUGUAUGCAAACAAGUGCACCAGCGGUUUGCUAAGUAUAGUGUGGAGAGGGAUGAGAAUUUGGUUUUAUAUUUUUUAGCUUCUGCAUCCAGUUACACAGGUGGCAAGACAGCAAAUAUGCUUCAGAUAAGAAAAUCAUCACUAUGUCCAUCAACUGGGUAAGCUAAAAGAAACUGGAUGGGUGAAUGGAUUGAUGGACAAAUGCAUAUUUAAGUCAUUCUGUUCAAUUAAAACUCAUAUCAAAUGAUCCGUAGAAAACAAAUAUGAAAGAAACUUCUGGAUUUCUUUAUAAAAAAAAUAACUUGUUAUAACAGCGUUAUAACGAGAUCCGUGGGAUGAAUGAAUAACAACCCCGUACUGUAACAUCACUGCGUGUUCUGCAUUAUUUUUUGUGUUGCUGAGGAAGCUUAAUACCGCUUAAUUUCAAAAGGGUUGUUUAGUAAUAAAGUUAACCAAAGAACAAUAGAAACAGUAUUUCCCUGCUGGAUAUUUUUAUUUUUUAUCACAAAAGAAGUCAUUUUAAAGGACCAAGGCACUAUAUGUACUGUUAUUAGUCUAUCUGUUAAUUUCUGAACAUUCAGACAUUUUGCUUGUACUGCCUUACACCAUAAAGUACAGUUCCAGUGCAAAGUAUGAGUAUACUUCUUGGAAACUAGUUUUUUUUUUUUUUUUUUUUUUUUAAAACUUAAAUUUCAUCUGGAAAUUAACUUCUGUGUCUUCCCAGCUCUUUUGCACCAAGAUGCACUUUUA